AUGUUUAAUCUUUUAUCAACAUUGUUCACUUUACCAUGUCGUCGGUCUUUAAUUUCUUUGCUCCACCAAGUUAAGAUUGAACCUGGUAUAUCUCAAGUGUUGAUGAAAGUAUUAAAAGAAAAGGUUACUGAGAAAAUUUGCACCUUAAUGUUUGAUGAGAUGAGCUUAAAUACAGAACUCCAUUACAAUGCAACUACAGGAGUGAUUGAUGGGUUUGAGAAUGAUGGUUGUGCGACUACUCAAGAAUUUGCGGAUCAUGCUCUCUUAUUUAUGGUGAAAGGCAUCACCAAAAACUACAAACAGCCUAUAGCUUAUACCUUCAUAAAAGGAUCUACUAACAAAUUUCAAUUAUGUGCAAGGAUCAAAAAGAUAGUGAAUAGCAUUCAAGAAACUGGGCUAAAAGUUGUUGUUACUAUUUGCGACCAAGGUGCUAACAAUGAAGGCGCUAUUAAAUUGUUACACGAAGACACACGAGCUUACUGUUUAAAAAACAAUCAACAUUACAAUGAAGAUUUUUAUGAAAUUCAAUGUAAUGAUCAUGAAAGAGUGAAGAUUAUACAUCUGUACGACCCGCCGCAUCUACUUAAAGGCAUUAGGAACAACUUGCUUCAAAAAAAUCGAAUGUUUAUGAUGAACGAUCAAAGUAAAGAAGCUCAAUGGCAACACUUGAUAGACCUAUACAAUUUAGACAGUAACAUUGAUGAAGUUAAAAUGUUACCAAGGCUUACGGACCAUCAUAUAAUUCCUGGCAGAAUCAAGAAAAUGAAGGUUAAAAUGGCAGCUCAGGUCUUCAGCCAACGCGUUGCAGCAUUGAUGAAAUUCUUAGCUGGCAAGGGAAUACUUACUUCUAGUGCUCAAGAUACAUCUGAUGCUUGCCUAUUUUUUGACAAGCUCUUUGAUUCUGUCAAUGGAAAUUCUCAUAAAAUUGUUGAUGGCAAAAUAUAUCGCUCGGCUCUAAAAAAAGGCAGUCCUCACCAUAAAUUUUGGGAAGAUGCUUUAAAAAUACUAAAUUCUAUGGUGUUUGUGGAUCCAGUUACCAAAAAAAAGUCUUCCACACUACAACCAAGGUCCAUACAAAACUGGAUUAAAACCAUCAAAGGUUUCCAAAACAUUUUCAAAAUAAUGGCUGUAAAAGGUGUACAUUCUUUAUUGCUUCGGAACUUUAAUCAAGAUCCAAUUGAAAAUUCAUUCGGUGCAAUUCGGAGUCUUGGUUAUCGUUCCAACAAUCCAUCAACUCAAAAAUUUUCUUCGGCGUACAAGACUUUGAUGUUAAACAAUUUAACAACUUCCCACUCAGUUGGAAGCAAUUGUGAAGAAGACCUUUCAGAAGGUACGCUGGCUUCAUAUCAAAUAUUGUUUACAAAUUCGAGUGAUGACAAUACAGAAAAUCAAAAUCAUAUGCCAAGAGUUGCUGAUGGAUUGGUAAAAUCAAAAACUGUGUGUACACCUGAUCUAUCAUACCUAAAGCUCCAAACACAAAACUAUGUGGCCGGAUUUAUUAUUAAAAAGUUAAACCAAAUUCUAUUCAAAAAUUGUAAAAUAUGUUUAAGUCAGAUUUGUACCAAUAAUAUUAAUAAACCUCAUGAAAUUACAAUGGCUAGAUAA